AUGGGAGAGGGCAAAGUCUUCGUAUGGAGUCUCAGUUUCUUGAGUUUGCUAUGUGUUGGGCUUUAUGGGUGUGUUCAGGUUGAAUCAAUCCGAGAAGGGAAGUUUUUAACUUCUCAGACUAAUAGAAUGGAUAAGGCUGCCAAUGUAGUACUUACAACAGGUGGUUAUGGGAAAGGUAUUGGAGGUGGCAUUGGUGGAGGCGGAGGUGGUAGGGGAGGGUUAGGAUAUGGUUUUGGAGGCAAUAAUGGGGGCGGAUGUGGAGGUGUUGGUGAAGGGAUAGGAGGAGGUGGUGGUUUAGGCUAUGGCGCUGGUGGUGGAAAUGGUAACUGUGGGAUGGGUGGAGGAUCAGGCAAUGGCCAAGGUAGUCCUUAUGGUGGAGGUAGCGGUAAUGAAGGUGGAUUUGGCGGUGGUUUUGGUGGCGGAAAUGGUAAUGGUGGUGGCUUUGGUGGAGGAAAUGGUGGCGGAUAUCCAGGUUAUGGUGGUGGCGGGCAGUCUAAGUUUCCGCUAGUGGCUGCAGGUAGGAACUAA